CUUUGAUUAAUGGGUCUAGUCGGGAACAAAAGCCCGAGGACUAUGGUUAGUCAUUACAUUUGCUAGUGAUUGCUUGCAAUAAGCGUUUGCCUCUAUAUGCUAAGUACUGAAAAGAACAAAUUGGCGUCCAGUUAUCUAGGGACAUUCAAAAUUGUCGAGCAUUAACACCUUAAAGGAAAUGAAUUGCGCCAGCCUGGUAAACUAGCGAAGUACCAGCACUCAAAUUCUGCCUUACAAUUCGCCUGUUUUGAUCACGUUUUGGAGCAUAAUUACUGACGUUUUUAAGCUCAGUAGUGAAUUAUCUGCCGGCAAGAAGAAGGUAUUUCUGUGGUUGACUUGUGUUUAUCGACUGGCGAGUAUAUAUACAAGUCGCCUGUGGACAUUAGUAGUUGACGGAAACACCAGAGUGCUUUUAUUUUGCAUUCGAAAGGAUUCCAAAUUGCAACACUUCUCUAGUUUUCAAGCUCCGAUCUACUUGCCUUCGUGUUUCACCUUGUGAAUUCAUCUGGAAAACCCAGCACAGUUUGACUCAAGAUAGACGUUCAGGGGUUCAGGAAAGACAAAAAAACAUCAAUAUUAGUUCACUUUACUGUGUAGGUAGUUUGAAACGGGACAUCUGCGUACACUUUUGACUUGUCGGGAAUAUUAUGAACAGCAAAAUGCCGGUUGCAGUACAGUCUUAUGCCGAGAGAUUUGCAGCAAAUUGGAAGGCACAGAACCCUGAAGACGACGAGGACGAGAAAUCAUCGCUUGAUGACAGUUUGACCAAUCUGCAGUGGCUUCACAGCAUCAGUAUUCAGGACAUCGCGCCGGUGACUACUUCAAUUGCUCCUUCGCCUAGCCAUUCCUCAAACUCAUGUGAUUCGGACGAUCGAAGCGAUACCAGCGACGGAUAUAAGGACAUCAAUUCCAAAGAACCAAACAUUGAUUACAAAAAUGAUGCGAACCACAAGCCCCCGUAUUCCUACGCCACGCUAAUUUGUAUGGCCAUGCGAGAAACCAAUAAGACCAAGAUCACCCUUAGUGCGAUUUAUAAGUGGAUCAAGGAGAACUUCAUGUAUUACAGAGUAGCAGAUCCAACAUGGCAGGUACGAAAUUUUCAACAAUUAUUUUUCAGUUUUUAUUAUAUUUUUCGAGAUUUCAGCGCAAACAUUCACCGGCUAAACACCAUCAGCCGACCAUUGUAUUUGAUCUACCUCGUUACGCAUAUUCUCGUUAAUGAGGGGCGUUUAAAUUGAUACGAUUAUAAGUUGUAUUAGCACAAAUUUUGAUGGAAGAUUUUUCCCUUUGUGUUAAACAAUUUUUUUCGCAUUUAUUGGCGGCUUGUCUUUGGGUGCUUCGAAUUUUUGAAAACCUGUAUUUUGCUUCGACAGAGCGGGUUGCAAUCGACUCAGACAGCAGGUCAUAGGAUCUUGUGGGGCGGAUUGUGAAUAUGGUUUACAAAUAAAAGCCACUUGGAUAGCUUAUGAAUAUAUUUUGUUUACACUUGCAUGGAAUAAUUUCCUUACCAAAAUAAUUUGAAGCGAAACACGCUGAUCAGACUUAAGGAGUAUUGUCCACCGAAGUUAAAAAAUAGUCCUAAUGGAUUGUUUGCACUAUUGCGGGAUAGUUUUCGAAUGUUAUAAAGUGUGUUUUGACCGCAGACGAAUUGCUCUAUCGUGGACAACUUAAGCUUUCGAAGAGGAAAAAGUGGCAGUUAUGCUCGCUGUUUUAUUCGCUUUUCUUAUUUAAAUACAUUUACAAUAAUACCCGCAAAUUCAUAAUCGUGGGCGGAAUUUUUUCGGCUUGGUUCGGUGAAUUAAAGACAAGUGUCAGUGACAUAAUACCAUUACCACCAAUAACGAUGUCCUGUACAUUGGAAAGCGAAUAAUUAUUUUUUUCGCAUUCGCUUUCAACUAUUAGAUUUCGGGAACAAAAUCCUCGAUAUUCGUGUUUUCUUGAAAUUUGAAGGUUUCAUGCAAAUGUCUUGUAUGACGUGUAUUUUAAUGUCCUUUUCAGAUUUUCACACCGGGGCUAUUUACUUCACGUCGAGACGAAACAAUAGCAGUUUAUGUAAUUCUUUCACAAAAUAAUCUGACUGCCCCAAUGGUGGUAGAACUCAAGUUUACAGUGAACAAUAGUUUUGAUUGCAAAUAUCCCUCCAUAAAAAAGGAAAUAGAGAGAAAAUAAAAAAAAUAUAACAUUCAGCAAUGAGAAAAAGGAUAUAACUAAAGUACUUUUUAAAACUGUUGCCAAUUUCCUUGCCAUCUGAAACAGUAGUCAUUCUAAAAAUAAAUUUUUCAAUUAAUAAUAGAAUAGCAUAAUAUUAUGUCUUACAAAAAAGAAUAUUAUAUUUACUUCAACAUUGUUUUUAUAAACCUAAAACUUUUAAAAUGGUUUCACUGUUUCUCUCACUUUUUUUGCAAUAACAUUUCUUAAUGUAGGAAAGUUUCAGUUAAUUUUUUUUGCAGUAACAUUUCUUAAUGUAGGAAAGUUUCAGAUAAGUAAAUAUAACUACUACUACUUAUUAUUAUUAUUAUUUGUUUUCACACUAUAAAAUAUGGUAAAAUAAGGUGACAAGACAUUAAAUAAUGUGAAAAGUUACAAAACGCAAGCAAACUGUUAAUGGAAAGGAAGUCGGUGAGAAAAUUACAAAACAUAAUUACCUAGGGACUAUCACAGUUAUAUUUCAAUAUUCAAAUGAAUUCUCUUUGACUGUUAAUUACAAAGUUAGAAUAAUUUUAAUGAGACAAAUAAUUUUGAGGCAACACAUUGCUUCCUUUUAAAUUAUUUUCACGCAGAUCAGGGUGCAAAAACUAUAACCAUCAUUGCAAAAUGCUAUAAAGUAAUAAACUGCCAGAAAACUAUAAUUUUAAAGUUAAUCAUUCUGGGGUGCUAUCUUAGGAAUAACCAGAAAUAGACUAAUCCCUCUUGGCUUUACCAGUUAUCAAUUAAUAAAAAUUUCUCAAGCCUCGUACUAUUCACAGCUUUGCUGUUAAUGUGUCUUAAUAUUUUUUUAGCAUUAUCACACGCAAAAGUUUUCCUGUGUUGAGGUCACAUCACUUAAACUGAAGAAUGCACCAAAUUUUUAUCCUCUGUUUUGGAGGUCUAUUAACAAACAUCCGUUACCUUCAAAAGAAAUAGAGAAUGAGCUGUUGUCAUUUAAUGCCAAUGGUACUAGGAAAACUGAGAUGAUUGCCAGUUGCCGAUAAGAACAUCUCUUUGUUACACAAGACAAUAACAAUAUACUGUGAAUUAUAACCUUGAAUCAUUUUUCACUGUACCAUCAUGCAGUACCUGAGUCAUGAUAAGUACAUGUGCCAUAUUAGCAAUGUUGGUCCUGGAUAAAAUGUGACAACCACUGUAAUAGUCAUUUACUUAAAAUUCUCUGCUAAUUUUUUGAUUCUUCACAUUCACUGAAAAAUCAAGACCUCAUUAAAAAAUAAUAAUUAUUGUUGACAAGUGCAUGUGAAUUUAAGGGUGCAGGCUUUCCUCUCCUCAUUACUGGCCAUGGCCUUCUGGGGUGGUCAGUUCUGGAAUAUUUAAGGGCCUGUUUUCAUGAAGGUGGGGGACCUCAGGUAGGUGAGGUAACAUGUGGCAGGUUACCCCACCUAACCUGUAAACGUGAUCACAUUAAAAUGAGAUUGUAUGGACAGGCGGGUUACCCCACCUAAGCGGGUUACUUCAUCUACCUGGGGUCCCCCACCUCCAUGUAAACAGGCCCUUAAAGUAUUCCAUUUUAUCUGUUACGGUAGACCAGAGUCAGACCCUCAGCAAACAAAGCAAAUUAUGAUUUUUGCUUUAUUUUACUUCAAAGAGGCUCAUUCAGCUCACAAACUAACUGACCGACGAUUGUGCUGGUUAAGUUAGUUUUUAGUAAAGGAGAGUUUGUCUGAGUCAUACGAAAAGAUGUGGAAAAGGUAUAAUAUAUUUAUUUUUGCCUGACUGAUCGGCAUGAGUGUGGACACAAAAUUAAUACAUUUUGGUCCAACAGUAUCACAACAAUGGGUAAAAAAAGAAUAUUUAUAAUGUAAUAAAAAAAAAAAUUUCCCACCAUGCCAUAAUAUUACAAAGGUCUUGCUUACUGUAACCUUAUUCACUGAAAUUGUCUUUGCUUGCCUUUCAGAAUUCAAUUCGCCACAAUCUAUCCUUGAACAAGUGUUUUGUAAAGGUUGCCAGAAACAAAAACGAACCAGGCAAGGGAGGCUUUUGGAAAAUUGACCCUGCUUAUGCUGAUAUGUUUGUUGAUGGAGUCUUUAAGAGACGAAGGGGUGUUAACACACAGAAGCCUUCUAAGAGAGGCUCUUCUUCAAAACCAAGUAAAAAGGCUUCAAACAAGAGACCAUCAGACAGUGUAAAACAAGAAAAUGAUGAACCAUGGGCAAAAAAGAAAUUUAAACCAGUUAAAAUUAAAAUUGAACCGGAGAGCGAUGAAGAGGAGUUCUACGAAGAGGAGGAAAUUGCACCAUUUUCUGGUGGAAUUAAGGAGGAAUUCAGUUGGAUGACAGUGUUAACAAAUGAUGAAAUUGAUGAAAGCAUUAGAGAAAUAGCUGAUGCUCACGGAAUUUCCUUUGAGAAUUCACUAUCUACUAUAACCCUUUCGGGUAUUACCACGCCCAAUUGCCUAAGCCCCCCGCCAUCAACUGAAAGUACUGAGGAGAAUUUUCAAGUUGAUCCUGACCUGGACUUAACAAUAAGAGGAGUGGGACUCCUUCCUUCUCGUGAAAAUUUAGCAACACCAUCACCAACAACCUUGACAGAUGCUGCACAGUCUGUGUUCAACAUGCCGCCAUCCCCACCCCUGAUGUAUGAGGAGGAGCAUCCCUGGGCAGAGACUGGGAAUGACUUUUUUGACUGCUUUGAGCUGGAUGAAAAUAAUAAUAUUUGGUAAUCUUAAGAUGACCAGCUGUAGGCUUUUUCCUUCAAUUAGUGCCCAGAAGUUCUAUGUCCACGAUGAACAACUCAUAAUUUUUGGAAUGAUAACAGUAACAUAGAAGUCAACUCAUCCACUUCAGCAAUCAUCUGAAGUUUUCUCAUCUAAAAUGUAUAUAAUAAAAGAAAUCAUCCAGACUAAUGCACUUUUCAUGAGGUCAGGUAUAAGGUUCUUUUUUAAAACAUAAUUCUCAUAGCAUGUAGCCAGUUUCCCCAAGAGCUAAUAGUACAAGCAUGAAGUUAACAUACCUACAAGUUAUGUUGAAUUUCAUGUUAGAUUUUAUUUAGCAUUCUCUAAGAGAAAAAGUGAAUUUUGUAACACAACAUGAAGGUUUUAAGUUAAGAAGAAACACUAGCUCUAAAAGCAGUAUUUUUGUAAAUAAAGAAAUGUAAAGUGAAGUUGUCAUAAUUCAUAGAUCUUUUAGGUUGUAGUUUAUGUUGUAUACUGUAGAUAAGUAGUUACCAUAUGAAUGACAGCUAUAUUAGAAACAACUGGCAAGAAUAAGGCGGGGCCCUCGUUCUUUACAAGGCGUUCUGGUGUACAUAUAUAAGGAUUAUAAAUUUCAAAGGAUUCAGAUUAGAUCAGUGAGUCCACUUAGAUUGUUGACUCUUAAGAUUUUUGACUCUCUCCUCCACGGAGGCUCCCCUGGUUUUUCCACUAAAAAUAGCAAUAAUAUUAUUAUUUGGCAUGCAGUGGACAAUGGAAAGAGGGAAAACGCUUUGAUUUUCCCCUCUCUCCAGCCUUCCUAAGACACAAAGAAACAGUUUGGAGGAGAGAAGGAUUUUGAUCUUCACAAAGAAGAGCACCCUUAGUAGCCCACGAACACAGACGUAUUUUCAGUCGACGCUUCUCUCCACCUGUUAUUUUAAGUGACAACCAGAAAUACGUCUGUGUUUGCAGGCUACACCCUUAGUUGCUGGAUGCAGUUGUUACAAGUAAUGGGGUUGCAAUCAUGCUGCACUCCCUUCAUCAACUUAUGCAACACAGGGUAUAAAAUAACUACAAUUCAAAGAUUUAAAUAGGCAAAGUUUAAUAUUUUGAAAAGCUAUCAGAUAAUUUUUGAGGAGACUGAGAGAAAACUAACUGUCAAACAUUGUGUGCCCAAGCAAUUUGGAUCAGUUUUCGGCAAUAUUUCAUUAUGACACGCAGAGGCAAGUAGACUUUGCAAUUCUUAAUUUUUCAGAGUAAUAAUAUUAAGAAUGACAGUCAAAGGUAUUGCACAAAAGUUGAGAUUAUGGUUUUUGUUAUAGAUUGAAUUAAAUAUUGUAAGAAAGAAACUAUUGCUAUUUUUUAAGAAAACAGAGUGUAUAGCAAAGCAUAGUGUAUGUACAUAUUUUAUAAUAUAUUAUUUUGCACCACUUCCAUAUAAAUUCCACUUACCACUCGUCUACAAAGCAUCAAUGAGAUUCACUGCGGAUAUUUUUAAUUUGGUGGUUAUUAACCCUUUAAGUCCCAAUAUCCACAUACAAAUUCUCCAAACUGAUCUCCAUACAUUUCCUUGAAGAAUUAGUCGAGAGAAUUUGGUAAAAGAUCAAAUAUUUUUCUCUUUGUGAUCAUUUUGUUAAUUCUCAUGACUUUGCUCAUGAUAGUCUAUGGAUAUCAUUAGGAGAAAAUUGAUUUUGAGCACUAUUGGGACUUAAAGGGUUAAUAUCUUGAAGUUUGUGGAAGACUAGUCAGUCUCAUAUUGCUUAAGUAAAAAGUAAGCCUUAGCCAUGCAACAAAGGAAAGUGAAAUAAUUUUGGU